AUGUCAUCAUCAUAUCCAAAAACCUCCGUCAAUGGUGGAGAAAACGGAUGUGACUGGGUCUGGAACGAAAUCAAAUCCAAAGCUCUCCGUCAACCAAAGCACACACUUCCUCCUUCUCCUCCGACCCAUCUCUCCUCUCCGCCACCGUCGCUGACCUACAUGCCGCCCGUCAAGGAGACCCAUCUGAUCCUACUCCUUCUUGGUUUACUCCCAAAAGGUGAACCAGAUACAGUGACAGAAGUGAUAGAAGUGGUGAAAAUGGCAAAGGAUGUUGAAUGGAGGGUGGUGAUAUCACAGAGAAGUGGGGAAACAAAAGAUUAUUCCAUUGCUGACUUGGCGGUUGAUCUUGCUGGUUCAGAAGGGGCUAAAAGAACAGGUUCUGAUGGUAUGCGGUUCAAAGAAGCUUGUGUUAGUCCUGUAGAUAUAAAUGUUGAGGAGACUCUCAACACUUUAAAGUAUGCAAACAGGACUCGAAAUAUACAGAAUAAGCUUGUGGUGAAUAGGGAUCCGAUGUCUAGUGAAAUGUUAAAGAUGCGCCAACAACUAGAAUGCUUGCAAGCAGAACUUUGUGCUUGUGCUUGUGGUUGUGGUUCUAUUGUUAAAUUAGAGUUGAAGAACAUGGUGAUUGCAUUGCUUUCGAUUUUUCAAUUUGGGAUUCAUAUCCCUUUGUCGUUGCUGUUCGUGUAUAAGUUGAAUCUUGGUGUUGGUGGAGCCAUGAUUGCUUUGUCUAUGUCAUCGUGGUUUCUUGUGAUUGUAGAGUUUGUUUAUAUAUUUGGUGGUUGGUGUCCGUAUUCUUGGAAGGGGUUUACAUCAGCAGCUUUUAAGGAUCUGUUACCUGUUGUGAAGCUCUCGAUAUCUUCCGAUGUUAUGGUCUGGUAA